CUCCAUAGACGACUCACGAUAGUGCAUGGAUGCAGUGUAUGAUACAGCACGAGAACACGUCACAAAGAGUGACAAACAACACAACCGCUGACUUCCAACCAGUGUAAUAUUAACAAAGACUGAUAAAUACCUAGCCCAGUCACGCAAUCACAACCUGUCUAAACACGAGCUCCCUGUCGUUAGCACGAUGGACUUCUCAAACAAGACCCGUGACUUAUUUGGUUACCACAUAGUAAGGUCCAAAUAUUUAAUCUCUUCCCGCGUGUGAGUAACCGAAGCAGAAUUGACGGAUUUAUCCCUUGCCCACUCUUUACAAUGUGAUACACUCCCAAAGUUUCUCUUUCGUUCUUUUUUUCUGCAACGUCCUUGAAUACUUGUCCUAUCGAACCAUGAUGUGCAACCAAACCUAGCAACAUGAAGAGCCAGAUGACCGAUAGGAGGGCCAGCGCAGGUUGCUGCAUGCUCUCGUAACCUAUAGUAGCAUCCCUCACUGUCACUGGCCCUCCUAUGUUGCUAUAUAGACGUGGUUGCACACCAUGGUUCGAUAGGACAAGUAUUCAAGGAUGUUGACUUCCGUUGUGGACCCUAAUGCCUUCGACAUCGCGAGACUAUAGGCACUCUGUCGUCCGACAAGGCGCUCAGGGCACUUGGAGGUUUUCUACAUACAACCGGGCUGAUGGACAUUCUCUGACUCGCUGAAUGUGUAGCGGCCGGUGGACAACGACGAGGCUGGACACGCGCCUGGAGCACCCGCUUCAGUUCCACCGGCGCGGCCAUGGAGAUAGGCCACCGUCACCGCCUCUCCGUGGCAUACCAUCACCGUCGGUCGGGACUCAUGUAGAGGAAGACCAUCGUCCUCUACAUUUGGUGACCCGGACGAAGAACAUCACGUCCGGAGCAAUUCGGCCCUUCACCAUCCCAAAUUUGGGAAGACACCAUCGAGCAGCACUACCUCCGGCACACACGCGCUUCACAGAUUGAGCCGCCUUCACUCCUGCCGCAUCUCGGUACUCUUCACCGCACCCAACGCUUCUCACUGCCGGCCGCGACACUCGAGCCUUGCGCUCACCUGCCGGUCGCGGCAGUCGCGGCAGCCGACGCCACGGCACGCUUCAGCCCGUCUCGGCAUCUCACCACGGCUCGCAUAGCCUCGCCUCACUCACUUCACCUGGGACUCUCGAGCUUCGGCUCCCGUGCCCGUCGCGGCACCCCAGGACCACGACAACGAGCGCCUCACUCUCUCUCGCUCGUCUCUACGUGACGGAUCGUUGUUCCCCUCCCCACCAUCUGUGACAUGUCGCCAACGUGUGCCAAGCCAUGCACCUGUUCAAGCAUGCACGUCAACCACGGUCGCCCUCCCUGCCCUCCUCCAGUGAAGUCGUCGAAAUCAUCUGCUUUAUCGCCGCUCCGCGUCUGAGGGGGGGAGUGAUGUAGCGGCCGGUGGACAACGACGAGGAUGGACACGCGCCUGGAGCACCCGCUUCAGUUCCACCGGCGCGGCCAUGGAGAUAGGCCACCGUCAUUGCCUCUCCGUGGCAUACCAUCACCGUCGGUUGGGACUCAUGUAGAGGAAGACCAUCGUCCUCUACAAAUGUUUUCUAUAGUAUGAUUGUUGAGUUUCUUUCGCAAACUCGAAAUGCCUCUACAAAUGUGUGCUGUGUGUGCUCACUGUGCCCCCAGCGAUUCCGACAUUUCGCACUGACUUGAUUGAAACCUUUGAACAACGUGUUGAACUCCGUCAAUUUAACCCGCUCACCUGUUUAUACUUUCUGUGUGUAAGCAUACUGGGGUAGACAGUUUGACUUUAUUGUAACUCACAUCCCCAUUUUGUUAUUGUCACAUCACGUUGCUCUCGUGCGUGCUUUUCACUGGUGGUUACCGUGGUACAGGGAGCAUCCCAGUGAAGACCACUGAGGGAUGAUGGGAUGUUUUAUGUGGUGGGUAAUCCCAUCCCAGAACAAUAGGCUCCCCACCUCCUGUGCCAUCAUCAUCUCUUCCCACCCUCUUUCGCCCUCCCCUCUUCUUCCUCCCCCUGGUGCACCGAGCCGCCACUACAGAACAGGCUGACCGCACUUCACUCUCCCCCCCCUCACACACACACAUUACCCCGCCCCCCGGCGGCUGCUUGUAGGUUCCUUAUUGUGCUAUUAUUUGUUAGUCAGCUCACUCUGCCACGUCGGCGUGCUUUCAUUUUCCCGAGCGCGACCGUGAAUAUUUGGCCAUUUUAUUUUCAAACUUAUUUCCAUCAGUCGAUAUUUCACAACGGGGAUCUCGGGCAGUUUCUUUCGAGGUACAUCCAGGGCUCAGAGUCUCAAUCUUCGUAAUAUCUACCAAUACCCAGCCGUUUUCACCUAGGCCAACGAAGGACUCUAAUUCUCCCUCCGUAAACACACGUGGAAAGAGUUGUAAAAAAAGAGAGGGAUGAAAGACGAGAGCCGUGAGACGCCGGUGGUAGCAUACAGGUUUCUAAGCGGAAACGGGAACGUGUUCUAUCCCUUCGUGGGGCUCAUUCUGUGCAGUUGCCGCCCACAGAAGAUCGCGGAUGAAGCUUUCCCCAGGCUGUCAACAUUGAACCUGCUCAGCAUCCGGCACACAAGACUAUCAUGACAUCGAACACUGAAGGUGGACACACAUGCAGUCGCGAUGGGCUGCAGGCUGAAAAUCCUCACAGAUGCUCGACCUACGAUUCCUGCUUACCAGAUGUCGGUCAGCUGUUAGUCCACGAUGUGACCUCCCAUAAUGAAGCGCACACAAGCAAGAGAGGCGUUACCUGCACUGAAUACAGCACUGAAGACUCUGUAGACACUGAAUUGCGGGGCUUUCCUAGCGAAUGCGUCGUGUGUGGACAAACAUUCCAACACUGGCGGGCACUCCGAAAGCAUAUGGCGUCACAUGAUCCCGGGCCAACCGACCCAGCCUUCUUCAGGAACUGCCGCACUGCUGACGGGAAAAUGCAGUGCAUGAUCUGCGGCGUCGUCAAGACAGACAAACGUUCCCUUCGCUACCAUUUCGCGUCCCACACCACUGUGCACCAGUUCAUCUGCCCAAAGUGUCCGGCCAGCUUUAAGGCAUCUCACCGCUUCAUCACCCACUUCACGCGAGCUCACACGUCGCUGGCCCGGAUUUUUCGAUGUGAACUGUGCGACUUCACCACCCUGUACAGAAACCUUCUGCACGCGCAUAGGCUGAGACACGAUGGAAUCGUCGAGAAAGAACGUUGCGAGGUGUGCUUCCAGAUGUUCGGAAAGGAGGGAAUCAGGUACCAUUACUUUCGCCACACGGGCGAGAAACCGCACGUUUGUAAGGUGUGCGGCAAAGGAUACAGUAUGGCAGGGCUCCUGAAAAAGCAUAUUGCUUCCAUACAUUUGGGCAUAAAACGCGUGCGCGAACACAGAGACUGUCAGGUGUGUGGUGCGAACAUGGAUCUCCGAAACUUAGAGACGCACAUGCGGCGUCACACCGGCGAGCCUACGAAUACCUGUUGCGUCUGCGGGAGGCACUUCUUCAGCCUCAGGGGAUACGUCCUCCAUAUGGAGAGAAUGCACGUCCGCAAGAAAGAUCGGGAAUGCCCGGUGUGCGAGAAAUCCUUUCACGGUCUCUCACAGCUGCAUCAACACAUGCACGUGCACGUGGAGGAAAAACUGUUCAAGUGUGAAGUGUGCGGGAAGGCGUUCAGGUGGAAGCAUAAGGUCGGCGACCACAUGAAGACGCACAGCGAGGAACGGCCCUUUAAGUGCGAGCUCUGCGGAGAAGCGUUUAAGUGGAAGCAUAAUCUGGCCAACCACGUGCGAGCCAAGCACAAGUGAACGUUCCUUUCACAGGAAGAAGUGCGUGAUUCUAGGGUUUUGAUUUAUCUGUUUUUAACUAUUUAGUGUUUUCAGAGAAAUGUAAUAUAUGGAAAUACAUGAAAUUGUGACGCGUCA